AUGGCGCCGUCAAGCGCAAACCUCUCGCCAGCCGAGCUGAGCUACCUACACAACUCCCUCGCGCAAACACCGCCAAUUCGUCCCGACGGUCGCAGUCCUACUCAAUUCCGUCCUCUGGUCGCCGAAUCCGAGAUCCUUCCCUCAGCAAACGGCUCGGCGCGUAUUUGUUUCGCAGAUGGCACGGAAGCAGUAGUCGGCAUCAAGGCCGAAGUGGAGAAGAGCGGCGGCUAUACUGGUGAGACGGAGGAGAGCAGUCUGGGUACUGCAGGAGGUGCCGAGGUUGAAAUGGGUGGUAUGGGCAAGGGCGACGAGGGAAGAAAGGGAAGAGACGCUUGGGUUGAGGUGCAGAUUGAGAUGCCGGGAUACAGAGACGACGAUGCUUUGCCGGUCUUCUUGGGCGCCAUGCUGCGCGAAAGUCUGCUGGCUACAGAAAUGCUAAAAGAUCGCUUAUACAUCAACCGCCGAUUCCACUGGCGCUUGUACAUUGACAUUUUAUUGCUCUCGGCACCGCUGUCAUACCCCCUGCCUCUCCUCUCGCUUACCACACAUCUCGCCCUCCAACACACACAACUACCAGCCCUCAUCUCAGAGCAAGACGAAGACCCUCUGUUUAACGACGACUGGGAAGCCGCCGUGCCCCUCUAUCCUACAGGCCAGAAGCCUCCAGUCACACUCCUCCUCGCUUCUGUAGGCUCAAACAUCCUCUUCGAUCCCAGCGGUGACGAGCUCGCCGUUGCAGAUGCUGUUGUGGCUGUCAGUGUUGCACCCUCAGCUGAGAAACAACUCGCCGUCAUGGCAGUCAGAAUGGUCGACCCGCCGUCUAGAUUGACAGGAGCUGGAACGCCCGAUGUCCUUAACACUGCUACCGGCGGUGCUGCACCCACAAAGGCUGAAGCUUUGGCAGUGAGGGAAACAGACAGCGGAGUUUGGAGACCCCCUAGAGGUGGUGUGAGUCGAAACCUUGUCGCUCGCAUGAUCAAGAUGGUUGUCGAGAAGGGAGGCGUCGGUGAAGAGAUUCUCGAGGCUUUGGACAAGGUCGAGACUUGA